AUGGCUUCGUUUUCAACAUUUCUCAGAAGAGUGGCUUUCUUAGGUCUGAUAACUAUACAGAGCAUACUUCUAUCUGCUUAUCUCGCGAAGUAUGAUGGCAAAUAUAUAAUAAUGCUCGGAGAUAGAAUCAGCAAGACCGAGUUUUUGAGUCCAAACGUAUUUAAGGCGAUUCUGUGCAUUACACCACUUCUGCUACUACUAUUGCCGAACACAGGCGAUCUCGAUGAUUCACACGAAAAUCAUAAAGAAACAGAGAUUGUUUUCCUAUUUGUGGUUGCCCAUGACCAUCGAUCUGUUCGAUAG